AUGACGGCCGACCCCGAUCAGAUUGCCGACUUGGUUCUGCGGCAGUUCCAGAAGCUACCGGCCAAGCGCAAGCCCCAAGUCAGGGACAACGGGCUGCACGAAUGGGUUCCCCUGAGCGGCAUUGUUGCUGAGAAGGACGGCGUCUUGACAUGUCUUUCACUUGCGACGGGCAUGAAAUGCCUUCCCGCCAACAAGCUUUCCUUAGCCAAAGGCAACGCACUCCAUGACUGGCACGCCGAGGUCCUUGCUAUCCGCGCCUUCAACCGCUGGCUACUAGACGAGUGCAGCAGCCACCUGAAAGGCACCGCCUCGGACUUCAUCAGGAGGCGUGAGGCCUCGGAGGUAUCCAACGACUCGCCCCAGCCGUUCGCUGUCAAGGACGGCGUCAAGCUGCACAUGUACUGCUCCGAAGCUCCCUGCGGUGAUGCGAGCAUGGAGCUCACCAUGGCGGCACAAGACGACGCCUCCCCCUGGGAAGUGCCUCCCGCGCCAACGCCGACGCCGAACGCCAUCCCCGUCCCCGGGACCGCCGUUACGGCAUCCGACAUCGGGUCCCUCCCCGGACGCGCCUACUUCUCCCAGCUCGGCGUCGUCCGCCGCAAGCCGGCCCGCGGCGACGCGCCCCCGACCAUGUCCAAGUCCUGCUCUGAUAAGCUCGCUCUCAAGCAGUGCACCUCGCUGCUCUCCUCGCUGGCGGCGCUGCUCGUCCACCCGGGCAACGCCUACAUCUCGGCCCUGGUGCUGCCGGACUCGCAGCGCUCCGCCGAGGGGUGCGAGAGGGCCUUCUCGGCGCGGGGGCGUAUGAGGGCGCUGGCGGGCCGGCGUUGGCGGGGCGGCUACCGGUUUUCACCCUUCGAGGUGGCGACGACGGCGCGUGAGUUUGGGUUCUCCCGGAGGAGCGUCGGGGCGCGAACCGAGAGAGUGGCGGCGAGCAACCUGGCAGCGGCGUGGACCGCCAGCGGCGUAGACGAGGGGAUGAUGGGGGGCGUCUUGCAGGGGCGGAAGGCCUUUGAUGCCAAGGGGGCGAGCGCCGUCUCCAGGAGGAGGAUGUGGGAGCUGGCGGCCGCGCUUGCUGGGAGCUUGGGGCCCGACGGCGAGGCGUUGCGACGCGCCGUCGAGGUGGAUACGUAUGCCCAAGUGAAAGGAGGAGACCUCCUGGCCGACAGGCGUGAGGUCAAGGAGAGCGCCAGGAAAGAGGGUUUGGCGGGAUGGGUUGUGAACGUGGGCGACGACAACUUUUCACGUCCAUAA